CCUCGGGCUGCGGGCUGCGUCGCCGGGCAUGGCGGCAUGGGGCCCGGCGUCUGCUGCGCCUCUGCUCCGCGGGAGCCACGGGCUCCUCACGAUCCCACAGCCCCCUCUUUGUGUGUCACAGCUCCCUCUGCUGCACUGUGUCCACCGGAUGUUUGCCUCCCAGACUGAGGGGGAGCUCAAGGUGACCCAGGUUCUCAAGGAAAAGUUUCCUCGAGCCACAGCUAUCAAAGUCACAGACAUCUCAGGAGGCUGCGGGGCGAUGUACGAGAUUAAAAUUGAGUCCGAAGAGUUUAAAGAGAAGAGGACCGUCCAGCAGCACCAGAUGGUCAAUCAGGCACUAAAAGAAGAGAUCAAGGGGAUGCACGGCCUUCGGAUAUUUACCUCUGUCCCCAAGUGCUGACGGCGCCCCAGUCACGCGAUUGCUGAUGCUUGAAGCCUUGAGUUCACUUUGCCACAGCCAUCUUCCAGAAGAAUCCCUGCCAAAAAAAUGUAUCUAUUUUUGUUCAUAGACAUUUAUGUAUUAUAAUUAUAGGAGGUAUGUUAUCUAUUUAGAAGUUAAUUAAAGACCACAGAUACCUGUUGCUCACAA